AAUGCAUUCAAAAACUGCUGAAUGAAAAUGUAAACAUAUUUCAUGGACGCUCAUUUGCAAUAUCCUAGUUAAGAUUAAUCACUUGACCCGCCAAAAAAAACUUGACCUCCCGAUAUUUCAAUAAAAUAUUAUUUUACGUGUUAUUUUAAAUAACAACGCGUUAUCGUCAACAUGACUGCAAUUUUGCUGCUCCUCUCCGUUUUUCUUUAUUGUACCGUCCAGGCGGCGCCCCCGAAUCACAUUACAAGCCCGGAAGACAUAAAGGAGGACAUAAAGCAGCGCGAGAGGAUCGGUUUGGACUGUUUGAAGCAAAUAGGCUUGAACAAAACGAUAGUAGAGAAGGCGGUACGUUCGAUUGAAUUCGUCGAAGAUCGAAAAUACAAGGAGUUUUUGGCGUGCAGCUACAAGCAGCAAGGCUUCCAAUCGGACGACGGUGAAAUAUUGUACGAUAAUCUCAUCGAUUACUUGAGCACGUUCUACAAAACGGCCGAUUUGAAAUCGCUGGACGAUUGCAGAGCCGUCGGUGGGUCAACCGAUGGCGAAAGGGCGUUUAAUUCCAUGAAAUGCAUUAUUUCGGGGCUUAGAAAAAUAGAUCAGAAAAAAGCUUAGGGUAGUGUAAAUAAAAUUAAUGUGCUUUCUAAUAAAUCUGUAUUAACGUUUCGUAUUUGUAUAUUUAUCACAGAAUUUUAUUUAAAUGCGAUUUUGAAUCGUGCUUCACCCUCGAUGUGUAUAUAUCGUAACCUAAGGAAACGGUGUUAUCGAAUAAAACCCUAUACUGGCACGGUAGUAAAUAGAAGUUGAUGAAUUGGGCAGGAGGCCAGACCAUCCAAUCAGCUACAUAGAGCCUCAUUGACUUCUGUUUGACUUCCUUGAUGAAUUCCUCCGUACUUGCGCCUUCUAAGUAGCCGACGGUGCCGAAAAAUGUCAUGAUGCAAAGUGGUGAUGCUAUCAGUUGGUCCAAUAAUAGUUUCUUCAGGGUAAUUUUCAACGUGUAACCGGGUAGAAAUACGUCUAAGUACCUGUACCAGUAAUGACACACCAAGCCGAGUGUUAGGCCUGAUGCACACAUGUUCCCGCAUCUUCUGUAGCUCAUUUUGUCUAUUUCUGCACAUGAUAGCUCGUACUUUUGCUCUAUUAUAUCUCCCAGGCCUGAUAGGGAAAUUGAUAAAGUUAGAUUGGUGGCUAACAAAUAUUUCGUACUGAAGGCGUUUUUGAAGAAUUUUCCGAAUUUUGGUAAUACGUGCGUUUUUAAAACGCGACUAAAAGCGCCACCAAGACUGUGUGACAUCUUGCGUUGUUUUUACUUAAUUUUGACCAUAUUUUAUUGCCUUGAGUUAGGUUUUAUCUAAAAUGAUUAAAUAAUUUUAAAGGCAUUACAUUUUUUUAGGUUACGUCAUAAGGAAG